UUCUUAAAUUUGCCAUUUAAUAUUGAAAUCAAGCUUUUAAGGAUUUACUUAAUCGUACCGAUAGCCUCUUUUAAAUAAUAAUAUUUCCUGGACGGGUCCACGUUGCAGUGACACAUGAGUGCUCUGAGCGCCGCUGUUGAUCAGUGUGGCGAUGUUUUAAAUACUCCGACCACAGGCCCUCCUCCUGCACAUCUCCAUCACACACUAACAGGAGGCGCUCACCACCGUCAGCACUCGCGACACAAAGGCGCAAACGCUGACAUAUCGGAGGUGUUGAGGCUAAACAUCUGGCGUUUGCGUAUCUGUAACCGCUCCUAACAUUGGACUAUAAGGGUACAGAGUUAGGAUUCGGCGUGGAAGGCGGGGGGAAUGGCAUCUCUUUGUUUUGCGCGGGUUUGGAAAUGGCCUCUGCAGCUUCUCCUGUGUGUCUGCGCCGCGGAGGUGGCGCGCGGACAGGUCCGCUAUUCUGUUCCCGAGGAGAUGGCGACGGGCUCGUUUGUGGGGAAUAUCGUGCAGGAUCUGGGUCUCGAUGUGAAAAGACUGAAAUCGGGGCGCGCUCGCAUUUUUACGGAGGACAGUCGUGAGUAUAUCGGUCUGAAUUCUGAUAAAGGCACUCUGGUGGUGAAAGAAAGGAUUGAUAGAGAGGAGCUGUGUGCUCAAGUGUCUCCGUGCUCUUUACAAUUCCAGAUCAUUCUCGAGAAUCCUAUGGAACUGCACCGUGUUGUUGUAGAAAUAUUCGAUAUUAACGAUAAUGCCCCCGCUUUUGCGAGAAAAGAGAUGAGAUUUGAAAUAAGCGAAUUAGCUGUUCCAGGUGCUCGAUUCUCGCUAGAUAGUGCGAAAGAUCCUGAUGUUGGGGUAAAUACACUCCAAACGUACGCACUUCACCCUAGCGAUCAUUUUAAACUGAAGAUACUUUCCCGUCUUGACGGUACGAAGUACGUGGAAAUGAUUCUACAAACUGCACUAGACAGAGAACAACAGGAGGAGCACAGAUUAAUACUGACAGCGUAUGACGGCGGCAGUCCUCGGAAGUCUGGCACAGUCAAAAUAAAUAUCGCUGUUCUCGAUGCAAACGAUAAUACGCCCGUAUUUAGCCAAGACCUCUACAAAACGUCAUUGCCGGAAAAUUCAUUGAGGGGAACUGUUGUCUUGACAGUCACUGCGACAGACGCAGACAAAGGAACGAAUGGAGAGGUUACCUAUUCGUUUUCACACAGUACGGGCAGUGUUACUGAUUUGUUCGAUAUAAACCCUAACACCGGUGCGAUCACAGCGAAUGGUCUGAUUGAUUUUGAAAAAGCGAAACAGUAUGAGAUAAACGUAGAAGCGACGGACAAGGGGGGGUUGACGGACACGAGUAAAGUGCUCAUCGAUGUCAUAGAUAUGAAUGACAAUCCUCCUGUGAUAACAAUAAUGUCUUUCUCUAACCCGAUUCCCGAAGACUCCGCACCGGAGACCGUCAUAGCAAUGAUUAAUAUAAAAGAUUUAGACUCUGGGAAAAAUGGCCAGGUUCGAUGCUCCGUUAACCCAGAUCCACCUUUUCGCAUCAAAUCGUCAUCCUCUAAUUUUUACAGUUUGAUCACAGGUCAGGAGUUGGAUCGAGAAAAAGUUCCGGAGUAUAAUAUAACAAUCACUGCUACGGAUGAGGGGUCACCUCCAUAUUCUGCCAACAAGACAGUGACUUUGCGAAUAGCAGACAUCAACGACAAUGCUCCCGUGUUCCAGCUGCCGUCUUACACUGCUUAUGUUCUGGAGAAUAACGCACCGGGAGUCUCCAUAUUUUCAGUGACAGCCAGCGACAAAGAUUCCGGUAAUAAUGCCCAUCUCUCCUAUUUUCUCGAGGACAAACAACGUAACGGAAUUUCAGCCUCAACAUAUGUGUCAAUAAAUGCAGAGAGCGGCGCGAUUCACGCAGUGCGCGCUUUUGAUUACGAGCAAAUCAAAGAAUUCCAAAUCCGCGUGAGAGCGCAGGAUGGAGGCUCUCCGCCACUGAGCAGCAACGUCACUGUUACCAUUUUCAUUAAAGACCAGAACGACAACGCGCCUCAGAUUCUCUACCCAGUACAAACUGGUGUCUCUCAGGUGGCUGAAAUGGUGCCUCGCUCAGCAGAUGUCGGCUAUCUGGUCACUAAAGUGGUGGCUGUUGAUGUGGACUCUGGACAGAAUGCGUGGCUCUCAUAUAAACUGCUGAAAGCGACAGACAGGGCGCUGUUUGAAGUGGGCUCACAGAACGGAGAAAUAAGAACUAUACGGCAGGUGACUGAUAAAGAUGCUGUGAAACAAAGACUUACUGUUGUAGUGGAGGACAACGGGCAGCCCUCUCGCUCAGCUACAGUCAAUGUUAACGUGGCGGUGGCGGACAGCUUCCCGGAAGUGCUCUCGGAAUUCAGCGACUUUGCUCACGACAAGGAUUACAACGACAACCUGACUUUUUAUUUAGUCUUGGCACUGGCUGUAGUGUCGUUUCUUUUCAUCCUUUCCAUAAUAGCCAUAGUGUCAGUAAAAUGCUACAGAUGGAGACGUGAUCGAUUAUUUUAUAAAUCCAGCGCCAAUCUCCCCGUCAUUCCGUAUUAUCCGCCGCUAUACGCAGACUCUACAGGUACGGGAACUCUACAGCGCGUGUAUAAUUACGAGGUGUGCAGGACCACUGACUCCAGGAAGAGUGAUAUGAAGUACAUCAGACCUUGCAGUCAGAGCGUCAUUAGUCUGGACGCCAGUGGAACACAGACACUGCCGCACGUGCAGGAGAAAGGGACCAAUGAGGAUUCAGAUGAUCAGGUGAGCUUUGGAGUGUUGAUGCCCGUUGAGUAGUUAGCCACACGCUGUUUUGCUAUUUAUAGCGAGUAAGCUUUUGUUUGUAAUUUAAGUGUAGUCACAAAUACAUGUGAUACAUGAUAGCACCCUGAAAUUAUUCAUCACUACUUAUUUUAGGUCUUUAUUGUGUUUCCUUCUAUAGGAUUAAGUGGGGAGUGUUACCAUGGUGAUGUGUCAUUUUGCACACCAUAGCAUUCCUCUGCUAGGCAGACGCUGCUGUCCAUCCUAAUGCAUUUUGCUCCAGUCUUACUUGGUAUGGAGCUGAAAAUCUGGAUAUUUACGGAAGCUGUCGGGGUGCGGUGCUCUGCUCAGGGACACCACAGUGACCUGCAGCCUGUGUCUCUGCACAGCGUGCUACUCAGUGCCACGUGCUGGUGUAUGAUGAGAAUGCGGACACUUACAGGAUAACGAGGAGGACAGACGUAAUGACGUAUAACCAUGAAUGCCACUGUGCACAUUUCCAAAUACUAUGGCAAAGUACUAAGUCCUAUAGCAAAAAUUUGGAGAGAGAGAGAGAGGGUUUGGUUUUGCAGCAGAAGGUCGUGGCUUCACACCGGGAGGGUGUGGCUUCACAGCGAGAGGGUGUGGCUUCACAGCGGGGCUGUGUGACUUCACAGCGGGGGUGGCUUCACGUUGAGAGGGUGUGGCUUCAUGGCGGGAGGGUGUGGUUUGGUGCUGAAAGCCUGCAGGCAUGCCCGAGGAUGUGCGUUUUCUCUUGCAGCAGGACUUGAUCUCCGUUAUGUUGUAAUGGACCCACCAUUCUCUCUCUGCCUGCCACAGGGGUCAUUCCAGUUUUAAGAGCAGAGUUUUCAACAUGGGAGGAAAUGCAGAGCGUCUGGCUUUCCACAGACUCGUCAGCAGCAACUAAUGUCCACAGCAUGAGUCCUGGAUCAAAGGACUGUG